AUGGAGCUAGCGCGGGAGCAGGUAGCGACUUUAAUCUCAGCAAAACCGGAGGAGAUUGUUUUUACGGGUUGCGGCACGGAAUCAAAUAACAUGGUGCUGAAGUCACUGGCGCGUCUUUGUGGGAGAAAGGAAUCGCGGGUGGUGACGAGCGAGAUCGAGCACAGUGCGGUGUUGCGUCCGGUGGAAGCGAUGGCGGACGUCGGUUUCGAUACUCGACGCGUGGGAGUGGAUAGUGGUGGGCGUUUGGAUUUGGAGAAAUGGAGUGAGGCUUGCGAGGGGGCGAAGACGGGAUUUGCCAGUGUGAUGUGGGCUAAUAAUGAGACGGGAACGAUUCAACCGGUGGCUGAGGCUUGUCGGAUUGCCCAAGAAAAUGGGUUGGCUUUUCAUAGUGAUGCGAUCCAAGCGGUGGGGAAGGUGCCGGUGAGUGUGGCUGAAGUGCCGGUGGAUUUUCUGAGUCUCAGCGGGCAUAAAUUCCAUGCACCAAAAGGGGUGGGGGCUUUGUUUGCCCGCGAGGGGAUGAGGUUUGAGCCGCUGAUGCGUGGAGGUGGUCAGGAGAGGGGGCGGAGAAGUGGAACUGAAAAUGUGGCAUCGAUCGUGGGGCUCGGAAAGGCGGCGGAGCUGAUGAGAUUAAAAAUGGAAGUAGAUGGUCAUGCGGGUUUGAAAAAGAUGCGCGAUACGCUGGAGGCGAGAUUGGUUUCUGAAAUUGAGGGAGCAGUGGCGAAUGGAGAUUCUGAGUAUCGUGUUCCGACUUGUGCGCAUGUUUCUUUUCAGGACUGCGAGGGGGCGGGGCUUUUGAUUUUGCUGGAUGAAGCAGGGGUGCAGGUUUCUACGGGAAGUGCCUGCAUGACGGGGAAGCAACAGGCCAGUCAUGUGCAAAAAGCAAUGGGCUUUAGCGAGGAACGGGCGAAGAGUAGCUUACGCAUUUCUUUGUCUUGUCUCACCACGGAGGACGAGGGAAGUGCGGUGGAGGCGAUCAAGGUAGCAGUGAAGAAACUGCGAACUGUCCAAGGCGGAAAUGGAGUGGGGCCGGUGGUGGUUUAUACGUGA